GUCGUUCUUUCCUUCGACUUCUCGCGAGACUUGGCACGCUUCGGUUUCCUUCUCGCCUCAGCGGCGGCAUCAGUGCGCGACUUUCCCGGAAGAGACGUGGCAGAAGGCGGAAGCAGGCCGAGGAAGAAGGCUUUGCGAUGGGGCUGUGCAAAUGCCCCAAGAGGAAGGUGACCAACCUCUUCUGCUUCGAGCACCGCGUCAACGUAUGCGAGCACUGCAUCGUCGCCAAUCACAACAAGUGCAUUGUCCAGUCUUACUUGCAGUGGCUCCAGGACAGCGACUACAACCCCAACUGCCGGCUCUGCAACACCCUUCUUUCCACCAAAGAGACCGUCCGCCUCGUCUGCUAUGACCUCUUCCACUGGUCGUGCCUGAACGAGAUGGUGGCCCACCUUCCAAAGAACACGGCCCCGGCCGGCUUCCAGUGCCCCGGUUGCCAGGGGCCCCUCUUUCCGCCCGCCAACCUGGUCAGCCCCGUGGCCGCAGCCCUGACCCACAAGCUGGCCUCCGUCAAUUGGGCCCGGCCUGGCCUCGGACUCCCCCUGAUCGAUGAGACGGAGUCCACUCCAGAGGCAGACCCUCACAACGCAACGGACUACACCGACUGGUCCAGUUUCACCACCCUGAGCUCCGAGGAGGCGGCCCAGUCGAGUGCCUCUCCUCCUUCGCCGCAAGUGCCGCAAAACCUCAGCAAUGGAGCCCUGACGCAGGAGCCGCACACCGUCAUCAGCAUGAAGGACCUCAGCGCUGAUCCGGUCACCAUCAACGCAGCCUCCUCUCCGCGGAAGGUUUAUGACACCCGGGAAGGCGACGUGAUGGGCAGGUCCUCCGAAAUCCGCAUUGAUUCGGACGAAGACAAAUACCGCCGGCGCCCGGCCCUCGGGUGGCUGGCCCAGCUGCUCAAGAACCGCUUUGGGGCCCGGAAGCAGCCCCGCUCCCUGAUGCAGCGCUUCGUGAUCCUGCUCCUGAUCGGCGGCAUCGGCUUCCUGACGCUGGUGGUGGUCAUGAUGAAGCUGGGCCGGGCCUCGGCCGAGAGCGACCCCAACCUGGACCCCUUGUUCAACCCCCACAUCCGGGUCGGGAAGCAGUGAGGCUUGGCCUCCGCUUCCCGCGGGACCAAACAGGCUCCUCUCCCGGCCGCUUUUCUUGCGGGAGAGAAAGACUCCUGGGAUCCUUCCAGAAAAUCCCGCAUCGUCCUGAUGUGAAACCACUGAGGUGAGCGACACUCAACGGGGAAUCUCCUCUAAUUGCGCUCGGCGGGAUCUAUCUAUCGUAGAUCUAUCCUGGCUUUGUCGGUCAGAAAUUUGCUCUCCUCGUAAGACCCCGUUUUGCGUUGCUGUGGCUAUUGUGGAUGCGGGAAGAGGAGGAGGAGAAGGCCCUCGUCUCUGAUUCCGUUUCGCCGGACACUCGAGAGGCAUUUUGUGGGUUUAGCGUUCGGGAUUCCUUUUAACAUCGCGUCUCCCUUUUUUCUAACGGCAUUUGGGGGUCCCUUUUCCCUCGUUUUAGGGCUCCGGCCCCAUUGAGUCCCCCCUUCAGCCUCCCCUAUAGAAGCUUUGGGAGCUUCCUUCAUCCCUAUUUCGUUGUAACAUCUUGUCUGAUCAACAUUCCCGAAUAUAUUUAUGUUUGGAAGGAAAGAGCGGUGCAUUUCUGCACGGGGAUGUCAAUGCAUUUCUAUGAAUUUCCACACUUUGCAAAACUGCGGGACUUGGGUUGUCCUGACUGAGGAUAAUAUGGGCGUCUACAAUUUAAUUUAGUUCUGUUCCUUUAAUUUAAUUUAAUCCCUUUAUCCACCCUCUAGAAAAGACAACGGGUUAUCAACAUUCCCAAAUAUAUUUAUAUUUGGAAGGAAAGAGCAGUACAUUUCUGCACAGAAAUGAUUUCCUAUGAAUUUCCACAUGUUGUGAAACUGCGGGACUCGGCUUGUCCUGACUGAGGAUAAUAUGGGCGUCUACAAUUUAAUUUAGUUUCGUUCCUUUAAUUUAAUUUAAUCCCUUUAUCCACCCGCUAGAAAGGACAACAGGUUAUUAAUCAACAUUCCCAAAUAUAUUUAUAUUUGGAAGGAAAGAGCAGUACAUUUCUGCACAGAAAUGCUUUUCUAUGAAUUUCCACAUGUUGCAAAACUGCGGGACUCGGCUUGUCCUGACUGAGGAUAAUAUGGGCGUCUACAAUUUAAUUUAGUUCUGUUCCUUUAAUUUAAUCCAUUUAUCCACCCGCUAGAAAGGACAACGGGUGCCGGAAGAACGCUGAGCAUUAGGACAGAAAGUCUGUGUGCUUCCCGAUCUAUGCUGCUAUAUAAUCCAGAUUAUUUGACAGUGUAAAUGCAUAUAAUCCAGCUCGGAUAAAGUGGAUUAUCUGCUUUCCCUUUAAGACCUCCUUUUGGUGCCCGAACAGGGACUUGAGAAAAUUCAGAGAUGUUUCCCGGUUGGAUAAAGAGUAGCUCUGGGAUGCUUCAAACCAAAUUAUUGUGGUAUUAAAGCGAGAGCAACAAUGCGUAUACAUUGCAAACACUUCCACAUUAUCAAUCUGGACGAUAUAGCAGUGUAGACGGAGCCUUGGUGUCAUUUAUAUAGACGAUAUUAUGAUCCCUUGCGUUUGGAUCGAUCUGUAUCUUUUUUGUAGAUGACAAAAAAGCUUUCAAUAACUUCUAAUGUGGUCUGUUUGCUAUCAUAGAAAAGGCAAGCCUGAUGUAAAGAGUCAUAGGGAUGCAGUGAAGGAUGCUGGGAGUUGUAGUUCGGAAACAUCUUUGACGGCUAUAUAGCGGUUAUUUUAUUACACACGAUGGCAGCUCUUCUGAGACUCGUCCUGUACAGUUUUGUAAGGUUUGCAAUGGACGGCUUUUCCAACAUCCCCUUGACCAUAGAAAUGGUUGAAAGGCACGAUCCUUUGCAACGAAUGACUGUGAUUAUGGGAUGUCUUGGGGAUCCCGUCAACAGGCCUUAGCCUUGUUUGCUGGCAAUGUAUUAAAACUCUCCUCUCGGUGAAUCAAA